AUGGUCAUAUACGACGAACAGUAUCUUUACAAUGCAGUCGUGGAGAACAAGACGUUAUUCGUGAAUUCGAAUGUCCCGGUCUCUCUAAUUGCCACCAAUAGUCUUACCGAAGGCCGUGGAGAAGACAAAUUUGUCGUUUUACCGAUCUGCCAACUGGGACGAGAGUACCAUAUUGUCGGAGAAGAAUCUUUCUACGAGGACUAUCAGUCAACAAAUAUCUUCACCAUAAUUGCUGUGGAAGACAAUACUACCGUAACAUUAGAAUUUUUCUUCCUUGAAUCAACGCUGAACCGAGGCCAGCAAUUGACCAUUAUUACUACAGAUUGGGCGAAUGCCGUUGUUGUUACAUCGAACAAAAAUGUGGCUGUGCUGUCAGGAUCGGUCUGCGGCUAUGGGAACACUUAUUCAAAUCAUCCAAGUCAAUGUAGCUACGAGGCACUCAUGUUGGCUCCAUCAUCAAACUGGGGGAAAGAAGCACCGUUCUACAAGUACCUACCAGAGGACUCGGGAGAGUUCAUGCUCUUUUUUGAGGAAGCAAACACUGAUGUCUACUUCGAUGAGCAGAAGCUUUCCCAUGGGCCAUUCGGUUCUAAUAGCUAUCUUACUUGUGCGAACAAGACUGGAGUGUACAUACGAGCCACUGGUCCAAUCUACGUCGUUGCU